UCUCAGUCUCACAUACUUAGCUCACAGUCUGCUCUAAAGUCUCAACGAUGUCGGCCUUCAUGAAUAGAAAGAUUCUGUUUUUACUUCUUCUCGUUUUACAAUCUAUGUGUGUAUUAGCCGUAACAUCUGGAGGAGGUUCAUCUAAACAUGGUAGUGUAAUUGGAAUUGAUCUUGGCACCACAUAUUCAUGUGUUGGUGUCUACAAAAACGGCCAUGUUGAGAUUAUAGCCAACGACCAAGGAAACAGGAUCACCCCUUCUUGGGUUGCAUUUACUGACUCCGAGCGUCUCAUCGGAGAAGCUUCGAAAAAUCAAGCGGCUCUCAACGCCAAUGGCACCGUUUUCGACGCCAAGCGUUUCAUUGGAAGAAAGUUUGAUGAUCCAGUUGUUCAAAAGGACAUCAAAUUUUUGCCUUAUGAAGUGGUGAACAAAGAUGGAAAGCCAUAUAUACAAGUAAAGAUUAAGGGUGAGACCAAAUUGUUUAGCCCUGAGGAAAUAAGUGCUAUGGUCUUGACAAAGAUGAAAGAGACAGCUGAGGCUUAUAUGGGAAAGAAAAUUACGGAUGCUGUGAUCACAGUUCCAGCGUAUUUCAAUGAUGCACAAAGACAGGCUACCAAAGAUGCAGGCAAGAUUGCCGGGCUUAAUGUGAUUCGGAUCAUCAAUGAACCUACAGCAGCAGCAAUUGCCUAUGGUCUGGACCAGAAAGGAGUAGAAAAGAACAUUUUGGUCUAUGAUCUUGGAGGUGGAACUUUCGAUGUUAGUAUCUUAAGCAUUGAUAAUGGUGUCUUUGAGGUUCUGUCUACAAAUGGAGAUACCCAUUUGGGAGGUGAAGAUUUUGAUCACAGAGUCAUGGACUACUUCAUCAAGCUAAUCAAGAAGAAAUACAACAAUGAUAUCAGCAAAGACAAUAAGGCUCUUGGUAAGCUUCGUAGGGAAUGUGAAAGAGCCAAGAGAGCAUUGAGUAGCCAGCACCAAGUAAGAGUAGAGAUUGAGUCUCUUUUCGAUGGUGUUGAUUUCUCAGAGACAUUGACAAGAGCUAGAUUUGAGGAGUUGAACAUGGACUUGUUUAAGAAAACCAUGGGACCCGUAAAAAGGGCAUUGGAAGAUGCAAGAUUGGAGAAAUCAGAUAUCGACGAGAUUGUACUUGUUGGAGGAAGUACAAGAAUCCCAAAAGUGAGAGAGCUUUUGAAGAACUUCUUUGGCAAAGAACCAAGCAAAGGUGUUAAUCCUGAUGAGGCAGUUGCUUAUGGAGCUACUGUUCAAGGUGGAAUCAUCAGUGGUGAAGGUGGAAAUGACACCAAAGAUGUUGUUGUUCUUGAUGUUACUUCCUUGAGUUUGGGAAUUGAAACAGUGGGUGGAGUUAUGACAAAAUUGAUUUCAAGAAACACUGCAAUACCAGUGAAGAAAUCUCAGGUAUUUACCACCUAUGAAGACCAGCAAAGCACAGUUUCUAUCAGGGUAUUUGAAGGUGAAAGAAGCAUGACAAAAGAUUGCCAUGAGCUUGGAACAUUCGAACUCUCUGGCAUUCCACCUGCUCCAAGGGGAGUGCCUCAAAUUGAGGUCACAUUUGAGGUUAACACUGAGGGAAUUCUGUACGUGAAGGCUGAAGACAAAGCAGCAAAGAAAUCGAAAACCAUAACCAUUACCAAUGACAAAGGUCGUUUGAGCCAGGAAGAGAUUGACAGGAUGGUUCAGGAGGCUGAAGAGUUUGCAGAGGCGGAUAAGAAGGUGAAGGAAAGAAUCGACGCCAGGAACAAUCUUGAAAGCUAUAUUUACAGCAUGAAGAGUAGCAUCAAUGAUAAGGAAAAGCUGGCUGAGAAGAUCGAUAUGGAAGACAAGGAAAAGAUGGAGAUCACGUUGAAAGAGGCUCUUGAAUGGCUGGAAGAGAAUCAAAACGCAGAGAAGGACGACUUUGUUGAGAAGCUGAAGGAAGUGGAAUCUGUAUGCAAUCCAGUCAUAAGGCAAGCUUAUGAGAAGAGUGGUGGUGAUGAAAGUUCUGCUGAUUUUGAAGAUGAAGAUGAUGAGUUGUAGAAAUUUUUUUUUAGUUUUCUUUAGGGUGGUUUAGUAGCUUUCAUUAUUAUUACUAUUACUAUUUUCAGUUUUUAUUUUAAUAUUUCUUAAACACAGUUUUGAUUCUUAAUCAUACUUGUUAUAAAAGAUCAUCCACACAAUUUAUACAUAUAUAUACUAAUUGUAAAAAUUGGAUGAUCAGUACUGAGAUAAAUCUUGUUUAUUUUUUUAUCAUUUCUGACUAAUGA